AUGACACAAUCAUCAGAUAGUUCAAAUAAAUCAUAUCUACAAAGAGAAAUAUCAAGUCAACAAAAUCUUUCAUAUUUAACUACAGUUGAUUAUCUUCUUGUUCGACAAAUAUUUGAUACAGAACAAUUAGUUCAAACUCUUGUUGGAAUUACUGCACGAGUUAAAUUUGGAAUUUUUAAUAAUUUAAAUCAACAGAUUUGUUUUGCUUAUGAAGAAUCUAAUUGUUUUGAACGUUUCUGUUGUGGAUCAAAUCGUAGUUUUAUUAUACAUAUUGUCAAUAACUCUAAUCAGGAAAUUAUUCGAAUUGAACGAAAUCGAAAAUUUUGUACAGGAAUUUGUUUUUGUUUUGCAAAUUCUUGUGAUUGUUGUACUGAAGAAGCUUUUGUUGAAUCACCACCUGGAACUUAUAUUGGUAAAAUUCGACAAAAAGCAAGUUGUUGUCGUACUCGAUUUAAUUUAAUCAACGAAUCAAAUGAAAAAAUAUUAUCCAUAUCAAGUGAUUAUUGUAUUUGUAAUGGUCCUUGUUAUUGUUGUUGUGAAAAUAAAUUUACAAUCAUUGGAUAUGAUGAUCAUACAGAAAUUGGAGCAAUUCAUAAAAAAUAUGCUGGAUUUAUUCAUGAAGCUUUUACAGAUGUGGAAUUGUUUACUAUUACAUUUCCAAAAGAUCUUGAUACGCGUCUGAAAGCUAUUGGUUUAGCUGCACUUUUUCUUAUCAAUAUAAUGCAUUUCACACAACAAAAUCGCUAA